AUGCUGGUGUUCGUUUCUGGGAUUAUCAAGUAUGGAGAGAGGGUGUGGGCACUGAAGAGUGCGAGCCAAAAUGGCCUUGGCCAGCCAUCAGGUAUUUUCUAUAAUUCACUUGCAGACUACAUUGUGUACACUAAAGCUAGCAAGGAAUUGUAUGCUCGUCUUACGGUGCUUCUCGCUCGAGGAUUGUUUGUGGGACGGACUGUGGUGGAGCUGUUAGAGGGGAGUGCAGCAAUGCUAGAGUCUGAUUUCAAGAACUAUCAAGGUACAGAAGAGAAGCUGAAGGUGGUAGAAAUGGAGCUUGGCAUGAUGUUCGAUCUCCUCUACACCAAGGCCAACGUGCUUCAGAGAAGGACCGGUGUACUAUUCCGGUGUGCUUCCCAGGCCUUGAUGGUCGUUGCCCUGGUUCUCUUCAUGACACUAGAGGGAGCUCACAACAAGAUUAAUAUUGCAAUCACCUACAAACUAUUCAGUGGUGCCAUCUUCAUGGAAACCUGUUGUGUUGCUGCGGCGUUGGCAUCGCCUUGGACAAGGGCACGCUUGAAGGGGAGAAGUCGUCUUCGUGGCCUCUGCAACUUUGCCACGUCCUUCUUUGAGGCUGUUCAUCACUGCAAAAAGAGGCACAGGAUGACCCUGAGCACCACUGCUACCAUGGGGCAGUUUAACUUAAUGGAUUACUGCAUCUCUAUCAAGUCCAGACCCAGAGUUUUCUCACAGACCCUCAAUGCUAUUGGUCUGGAUAAGCAAUGGAGGAACUCAUGGUAUGUCCACCACAUCGACGAUGCAGGCGGCAGCGGCGGCAUCUACUGUUGGAUUAUCAACCGUGUUUUGGAAUAUUUGUCCACAUUGGACAAUAACUAUACAGUACACACUCUACCCCCUCAUGAUCCAGCAGUGUUCGGACAGCUACAUAUUAGGAGAUUGAACUUCACAUUGAGUCUACCCUUCCACAAGGCCCUCUACCGCCUACAUGUGUACACUGAUCUAUAUCUAAGCCGGCACUGCAACAACUGCAGCACUGAGAUUAUGCGACUUAAGGAAGAAUGUGAGACAUUAUCAAGCUACAUGAUGUACCUGAUGAUGUUGCAUCCUACCAUGUUGCCAGUUAGCACGGUUGCAGGAGAUCUUGAAUCUCAACUUCUCCAAUGGGUUACUAGUCAUAGCACUCAUGAAGAUGGAGGGGCGAUGACCAAGCUAGAAAUUCUGGAACGUUACACAAGGAUGAUGCUCGAACAAGGUUCGGACCCUGGCAACCCAUUCGAACCAGAGCAAUACGGGUCAUUGGAUCUGCAUCAUUCACUUACACAGAUCAAGGAGAUGUGGGUGAGGCUUCUCAUGUAUGCUGCAGGCAAAUGCGGUGGAGACGUACACGCACGACAACUUGGCGAAGGAGGCGAGCUCAUCACCUUCAUCUGGCUACUCAUGCUGCAUCAUGGUCUUGGGGACCAAGCAAACAGGAAGCUCAGCCUUUUGAGACCUGAUAAUCCUAAUGUAGCUGAGCGGGGGUCAUCAUCUGCAGAAAGAAUUUAUAAGCCGGUUUAUGCAUUCAACUUACCGGAGCCAGUUUGUUUCAGCUUCUGGCCACUUUCAAGUCUUUGGACUUCCUAA